AUGUCACAACUACAGGAAAAAGAAGAAAACGUUGAAUCUGUGGUAGAUAGGCCAUCGCCGGAUGACAGUCGCGAGUCAUCCCUUCCAUCUGGAAAGGAUGAUUUAGUUGGCGAAAAAUAUCCACUUACUGCACUGGAUGAUGCCAUUGUAGGAUGGGACAGUCAAUACGACCCUGCAAAUCCAAGGAACUUUGCUCCGGCCAAAAAAUGGACGCUACUUGCAUUUAUCAGUGCCAUCACAUUUCUGAGUCCUCUGGCAUCAUCCAUGAACGCACCAGGGAUAAGUAUUAUGGAUGCCGAGUUUCACAACUCUUCCACUGUGCUUAGCUCCUUUGCGGUGAGCGUUUUUGUUCUCGGAUUUUCGGUACUGAUUCCCAAAUACUACCACUUUAGGCUUCUGGGCUUUUCUUUUCUCCUCCAGAAUUGGUGCGCUAAUACAGUUAUUGUGUGCCAGGUUGGACCUUUGCUACUGUCUCCGUUGAGUGAAAUAUACGGAAGACAGCCGAUUUUGAACAUUGCAAACAUUUUCUUUAGCUUAUGGCAGAUCGGCUGUGCCCUCGCGCCCAAUAUCAACGCCCUCAUUGCCUUUCGAUUUUUUGCUGGGGUAGGAGGCUCUGCUUGUCUCACAAUCGGAGGAGGGAUUAUCGCCGACCUUUUCGUUGUUGAGCAAAGAGGUCUUGCAACCGCCAUGUUUUCCAUCGGACCGCUGUUUGGUCCAGUGGUCGGCCCCCUUAUUGGCGGCUUCAUUGCCCAACGAGCUGGAUGGAGAUGGGUAUAUUGGGUUCUCCUUUGCGCCACUGGCACCGUGACUAUAGGAAACAUCAUUUUGAACUCGGAGACCAACCACGUGGUGUUGAUGCAGCGCAAGACAGCGAACUUGCGCAAAGAGAUCGACCGGCCUGAGCUUCGGAGUGUCUACGAUAUUGAUUCGAAGGUGAAAAAAACGCGAGAUGUUCUCAUCCAAGGUAUUUUCCGACCACUACGCAUUCUAUUUCGAUCGCCAAUUCUUCUCUUUUUGGCACUCUACUUUGCUUUCGUCUUCGGCUGUAUGUAUCUGUUAUUUACCACUCUUUCGACACUAUACAUCGAAGUCUAUCAUUGGGAGGUAGAGCUUUGUGGUCUCGCCUAUAUCGGAUUAGGCAUGAGUUUCUGUGUCGGGGUCAUCGUUGUCGCAAGAACUUCUGAUGCCACCGUGGUCCGGCUCACAAAGGCGAAUAACAAUGUCUACGAGCCGGAGAUGCGGUUAGCAAGCUCCGUGAUAUUUGCACUAUUUAUCCCCAUCAGCUUUUUCUGGUACGGGUGGACUUCUGAUAAACAUGUCCAUUGGGUUGUGCCCAUCAUCGCACUCAUUCCGUUUGGUUUUGGCAUGAUGGGGAUUUUCCUACCGGUGCAGACGUACUUUAUUGAUGCCGGUGGUCGAUAUGCAGCUUCGGCAAUUGCUGGACUAACGGCGUUCCGGUGUCUCUUCGGAGCCUUUUUGCCUCUUGCAGGACCUAGCAUGUACGCUUCCUUGGGCCUCGGCUGGGGUAAUUCGCUUCUGGGAUUCGUUGCUUUGGCCCUUGUCCCUGUUCCCGCCGUGAUAUUCAAAUAUGGAAGCAGGUUUCGACAGAGACAUCCCAUAAACUUGGAUUAA